CUCAUCGCUACCGGUCUGUUUUUCUUGGCCUGUGACGGAAAAUGGGCUGGAUUGGGUCUUGUUGUUCAUGCUUUCGGCAGAUGCCUUCGUUCCCGGUAAGUCUCGGCCGGCGGUGUGUUCAUGCAACAGUCUCCUUCGGCCCUACCAUUGACGAUCGGUGGGCUCCACAUCCCCCCCUCCCGGCCUCCGUCGGUGAAUCCAGAUCAGGGCGUGCUCUGUGGUGCCAACUCAGCCGAUCGACGUUUCAACGCCCUGAGGUAUCAUGGACCAUUGUCUCUCGGCCCGGCUUUGCUUUCCCGCCUGAGUGAAGGAGGGAGAGCUAUCGGACGGGGGAGCGUGGUGCCCCUGCUUCUCCGCUGGCAUCGUGAGACGUAGGUCCUGCGGCGAUCCGACGGCGAUGAGUUCCUAGGUCAGGAGGAGGGGUGGGCCGAGUCUAGGGGAUCUAUAAAAGAACCGCGACGGGCCGCGCUGUCGAGUUUGUUGGUAGCCUAGCAUACAACACAGCCAAAGUCUUUUCUAUCGGCUACAGGAUCCUACUCGUCCCUGGCACGGAUCUGUUGAAGCAGAUAAUCGCAAAACAUGGCCAUCACCAGGAUCGGACUCAUCGCCUUAGCCGACGACGUCAAGCAAGACGAGGCCGUCGCACGGUUCAGCAACUUUGCCAAUGAGUGUAAAAAGGAAGACGGCCAGACGUACAUCGUCGCGUCCAAAGCGAGCAAGUGCAAGGUCCUGACCGAUGUGCCAGGCUCGCAGUCGUGGAGCGUGGUUUACGAGAUUACUUUUGCGAACGAGGCAGAUAUGGAGUACUACCAGACCAAGGACGCCGUUUACAAGGAGCUGAUGAAGCAGGCCGCCGAGGGGAAGGCGACUGGCUUCAUUGCUGUAUCGGCGGAGUUUUAAGAACCCCGGUUGUAGAAAGAGAGCUUUUAUUAAUUGGACCAAUGUUUCAGAUGUCCCU